AUGAAUCUACCGCACAAUUCGUGUCGCCGCUGCAAGGACGACGUCCAGCGACAUCAGAAACCACCCAAGACAUCAGCGACAACCGUCAAGAUGCCUUCCCACAAGACUUUCCGCAUCAAGGUCAAGCUCGCAAAGGCGCAGAAGCAGAACCGCCCAAUCCCACAAUGGAUCCGCCUGAGGACUGGUAACACCAUCCGCUACAACGCCAAGAGACGACACUGGCGCAAGACCCGUAUCGGUAUCUAG